AUGGCGAGCUUCGCGAGGCAGGAGCACCAGUUCCUCGCCGAGCUCGGCCUCGCGCCGCGCAACCCGGGCUCCUUCGCCUGCGGCGCCUGGGGCGGCUCGGGCCCCGUCGUCACCACCACCAACCCUAGCAACAACGAGGUCAUUGCUGAGGUCGUUGAGGCGUCCAUGGACGACUACGAGAAGGGCAUGAGCGCCUGCUUCGACGCCGCCAAGACAUGGAUGGCUAUUCCGGCUCCAAAACGAGGAGAAAUUGUUAGGCAGAUUGGUGAUGCACUGAGAGCAAAGCUUCAUCACCUUGGCAGACUUCUGUCACUUGAAAUGGGGAAAAUUCUCCCUGAAGGAAUUGGGGAGGUUCAGGAAAUUAUUGACAUGUGUGAUUAUGCCGUGGGGCUAAGUCGUCAGCUAAAUGGAUCCAUCAUACCAUCUGAACGCCCAAACCAUAUGAUGAUGGAGGUCUGGAAUCCUCUUGGAGUUGUUGGUGUCAUCACAGCAUUCAAUUUCCCUUGCGCCGUGCUCGGUUGGAAUGCUUGCAUUGCUUUGGUCUGCGGCAACUGUGUUGUCUGGAAGGGUGCUCCAACUACUCCAUUGAUCACUAUUGCAAUGACUAAAAUAGUGGCUAGUGUAUUUGAGAAGAACAACUUGCCAAGUGCAAUCUUCACAGCUUUUUGUGGGGGUGCUGAAAUUGGCCAAGCAAUUGCUCUUGACACAAGGAUACCUUUGGUUUCAUUCACAGGAAGUACAAAGGUUGGUCAAAUGGUUCAGCAACAGGUUAGCGCGAGAUUUGGUAAAUGCCUUCUUGAACUUAGUGGGAACAAUGCCAUUAUUGUCAUGGAUGAUGCAGACAUUCCACUAGCUGUGCGGUCUGUUUUGUUUGCUGCUGUUGGCACAGCAGGACAACGAUGCACUACAUGUCGUAGGCUGCUUCUUCAUGAAAGCAUAUAUCAAACAUUUCUUGAUCAACUUGUUGAGGUUUACAAACAAGUCCGUAUCGGGGACCCUAUGGAAAAGGGCACCUUGCUGGGACCACUGCACACUACUGCAUCUAAAGAAAGCUUUUUGAAAGGCAUCCAAAAUAUCAGAUCCCAGGGAGGAAAAAUCCUUCUAGGAGGAUCUGCUAUUGAAUCAGAAGGGAACUUUGUUCAACCAACAAUUGUGGAAAUUUCACCUUCUGCGCCAGUUGUGAGGGAAGAAUUGUUUGGUCCUGUCCUUUAUGCCAUGAAAUUUCAGACCCUGAAGGAAGCAAUUGAAAUCAACAAUUCUGUUCCUCAAGGAUUGAGCAGUUCUAUAUUUACAAGGAAACCAGAUGCUAUUUUCAAGUGGAUCGGGCCUCAUGGUAGUGAUUGUGGUAUAGUGAACGUAAAUAUACCCACUAAUGGUGCUGAAAUUGGUGGAGCUUUUGGUGGAGAAAAAGCAACCGGUGGUGGACGAGAAGCGGGAAGUGAUUCCUGGAAGCAGUACAUGAGGAGGGCCACUUGUACAAUCAACUAUGGAAGCGAGCUGCCUCUAGCACAGGGAAUAAACUUUGGCUAG